UCCGCUACGCGCCUGACUCCACGCCUCGUUUUGCGGCUCGCCACAUCCAUGUUGUUUCGGUCGUCCAUCAACGCGCAGAGUUUCUCCCGGUGGUGCAGGUCGGAGCGAAAUCCCACUAUACUCGAUUAAGACGCAAACAUGUCUGAUUUCGGGGACGACACCGGAGCGCGCGCCCUGCUGGCGCUCAAGUCUGCGCCGUGUAGCCCGGUCGGGGUGGCGGCCAUGGCCCCCGUGUACACCCUGUCCUCGAGCCGCGCGGGGAGCUCGCCCGCGCCCCUCGCCUCUCCGCGGGCCCUCGCGCGUCUCCAGAGCCGAGACGUGGAGUUCGUGAUGCGCCAGCGGACGGUGACCAUCGGCCGCAACUCGUCGCACGGCUCCGUGGACAUGAACAUGGGCCACUCGAGCUUCAUCUCGCGGCGCCACCUGCAGAUCACCUUCGAGGAGCACUCCUUCUACCUGCGCUGCCUGGGCAAGAACGGCGUGUUCGUGGACGGCGCGUUCCAGCGGAGAGGCGCGCCCCCGCUGCGGCUGCCCGCCGAGUGCACCAUUCGUUUCCCCAGCACGGCCAUUAAGAUCCAGUUUACUGCGCUGUCCACCAAAGAGGAAGUGAAGGAGGAGGCUCCCCUGUCGGCGGUGAGACCCCUGUACCCACAGAUGUCCCCACUGAAAAUCCACAUUCCCGAGAACAACUACAGGAGCAUGAUGAGCCCGCUGCCCUCGCCGACGGGAACCAUCAGUGUGCCAAACUCGUGUCCGGCGAGUCCCCACGGCGCUGGGUCUUCGGGCUACCGCCUUGGAAGCAGCGUCACAUCAGAGCUGCAGCUGGCAGCAGAGUUUGCCGCCAAGGCUGUACCAGGCCAGCAGGCUGAUGCUGCUGAGGGCGACAGCCCCAAGGAUGAAUCUAAGCCCCCUUACUCGUAUGCACAGCUCAUCGUCCAAGCCAUCUCCUCUGCCGUUGACCGGCAGCUAACGCUAAGUGGCAUCUACGCCCACAUCACUAAACACUAUCCCUACUACAGAACGGCAGACAAGGGUUGGCAGAACUCUAUCCGACACAACCUCUCGCUGAACCGCUACUUCAUCAAAGUGCCCCGUUCCCAGGAAGAGCCAGGAAAGGGCUCCUUCUGGAGGAUUGAUCCGUCAUCAGAGGCCAAGCUGGUAGAGCAGGCCUUCCGCAAGCGUCGGCAGAGGGGCGUGUCCUGCUUCCGUACACCUUUUGGACCCCUGUCCUCCAGGAGCGCCCCAGCCUCCCCCACCCUCCCCGGCUUGCUGUCCUCCACCUCAAGUGGCCUGCAGACCCCAGAGUGCCUGUCCAGAGAAGGGUCCCCCUUCCCCCCCGAUCAUGACGUAGGCUCGAAACUGGCCUCGGUGCCCGAGUACCGGUACACACAGAGUGCUCCAGGGUCUCCUGUGAGCGCUCAGCCGGUUAUCAUGGCGGUGCCACCGCAGUCAUCUGCCAUGGCUGCCAGGCCCCUGGCCUACGUUCCUGCCUCCCUCAUUGUCCCCCCGCAGCCCCCAGGUCACUCCCUCCACGGGGUCCAGCAGGCACCCGCUGUCACCAUGGUACAGGUGGUGACCACGUCUGCUGGCUCCCCGAACGGGUACAUCGUCGGGCACGCCAAGCCCCCCGGGUGUGCUCAGACAGCGGGGGAGGGGUUUCUGGAGCAGAAAGGCGUUGGAGAGGAGAAGCUGGUGUCGAGCCACAUGACGCUCGGCAUGCCCAGCCGGGUCAUCCAGGCCGUGAGCAGCCAUAUGAGCUCCACUUUCAGCGUAGUGCAGCCCACACUCACUUCGCUGGGCCAACACCAGCUGCCUGUCAGGCCCGUGAUGCACAAUGGCAACAAUGCUCUUCCCAUCACGACCAACUCGAGCACUGCCUACGCCAUGACCAACCCACUUCAGAUCUUGGCAGCUCAGGCCUCUACCUCCCCCCCAGUCAUCGUGAACAAGCCACCCAUCGCUGAAGCCGAGCGGUCAACCGCUACGCCCGGCGAGCCGGAGGUGAAGCGGCCCAAGAUGGAGGAGGACGAUGACAGGGCUCCCGUUCCUCAGCCGGUUAUUGUAGCAACGACCCCACAGGCCCAGGAAUCCAGCGAUUAAGGAGUGCAGGGCUGUAGUGGUGCUGGAGCACAACUUCAGUGUAUUUCAAGCAAGGUGCCAAACGAGGCAGAGGAAGUACAUCUUAGAAUGGAUUCAGAGUUGUACAAAGCAAAGAGCAGUUCAGACACAUUAAAUGAUUGUAUGGUUUUGAGUUUCAGAAAGCUGGUUAAAUUUUGCGCACUUAAAACGCGCUUAUCUUUCAGCCCUUUAAAUGGCGAAGUUGCUGCACAAGUGUUUGCUACCAUUUCGCUUGUCUGGGGGGUAACAUUUGCAAUGAAAUAUGAUCCUUGAUACAGAGAGAGGAACACAGUACCUACGUGAGAGAUUAUCAAUAGUUGUGUGGCUUCCCAUGGGGCACCUGGGGAGUUGUGCUUUAAUUUUGGGUCAGGUGGGACCAAAAACUACUAUCCAUAUCUGCAGACACCUUGGUCAAUGACAGGAAAGCAUUAUAUAUUGGGUAGAAAACCUGAAAAUCUCAGUUUCUUACCAGACUAUUUUGAAUAAUCUAUUUUUUUACUUUCAUAAAUACUUUCUUAAUCACAUUGUUACAGAUAACGAUACUCAAGCUGCUCUUUUGAAAACACGGAAGCUAUUGAUAUAAUAGUAAAGUAUUUUGCUGUUAUAGACCUUUAUCAUAUGAUUAAAAUAUGAAAAAUGUUAUGUGUUUUAAAUAUCACAGUUUGUGAUUUAACACGUAGAGCGAAAACUUAAUUCUUCAUUGAAUGUAAAAUGCUUAUUUAAUGGUUUGUGACGUUCAGAUGGUUCGUUUUACAUUUUUCUUACACAUUUUUACAUUUUUCUCAGCACAGAAAAGUACAGAUUCAAGGUUCUGAUGGAAUGUAUGACCAACAACUAAGGGACUAGAAAGCAAAAGAUGAUGCUUUCGUGCUAGCUAUCUGGAAAUCGAGAGAUCCAAAUGUGCAUUAAAAUACAGUAGUUCUGAGUGUGCGUGCGUGCGUGCGUGCGUGCGUGCGUUUAAGCUAGCUGGCUCACCAUAUCAUUGUAACAUCUCCCUGGUCAUGUACCUGUUUCACCAUGACGGCUGUUCCUCGCGUUCGCUCUUUUGUCUGACUGCAUAGUUCAAUGUUUGUGUGCAAGUUGGGCUUUUUGAUUUUCUUGUGAUUCAAUAAACUUCUCGUUUUUCUGAAUAA